AUGGAUGAUCAGGAACAUUUUCUUUUAGAACUCCUCCAUCUGGAGGGUCGCAGUGAUUUCUUACUUCAGGAAGCAUGUCAAGGUUCUGCAGGUGGCAUGAAUGCCCCUGAAUUUCGAUGUGAGGAUUGUCUUGGUACUGAGCUCUAUUGCAAGGCAUGCACGGUAGAAAGGCAUAUAGAAAAUCCAACCCACAGAAUUGAGUACUGGAACAGCCAACAUUUUGAAGACACUAACCUGCAGGAUCUUGGGUUGCAAGUUCAACUUGGACACCCCCCUGGUGAACGUUGUUCUAACCCAUCAUUGGUUCAUAACAACUUUGUGGUCCUCAACAUCAAUGGAGUGCACAAUAUUACACUCCACUUCUGCAAGUGUCAAACAGCUCAAUCUCAUAUGACACAACUCCUUCACAUGUGUUGGUUCCCAGCAACUACACUGGAUUCAAAGACUACCACAACAUUUCAACUUCUCCACCACUUCCACAUUCUUUCUUUCAAAUCAAAGGCCUCCACUUUCGAGUAUUGGCAAACACUCACAUGCUUGACCAACAACACAGCUUACAAUGGCUCACAGGAUCGCUAUAAUGCACUCUUACAGAUGGGCCAUGACCCUGGUGAGGUUGAGGUGACACAACAUGGUGCAUGUGCAGUGCUAUGUCCUGCUUGCCCCCAACUGGGCAAAAACCUUCUGAACAGCUGGGAAGAUACACUGUUUGAGGAAAGAUGGAAAUAUUCAUUAUUUCUGGCAAUUGAUGCUAAUUUCCGACUGGCAUGCAAAAACAUAUCAUCCGACAAGACUGACCCCAGUCUUAACAAAGGCUGGGCAUACUUCGUCAAAGAGAAGGCAUUCAAGAAGUUUCUUCAUGACACUGGAAAGCAGCCACAAGAGAAAAGUAGUUGUGCGAGCCAUAACGCUGUAAACUUGGCCGAGACUAAAAACUCUUGCGGUUUGGCAGUAAUGGGGGCUGGCACUGUUGAUUGUUCAUGCCACAACAUGAAGUGUCCUUGCAGUGUUGGCGAUCUCCAGAAGGGUGAGAGGUAUAUUAAUAUGGACUAUUUAUUUUUCUCUACCCUGCAAUACUCAAAGGAUGUAGUCACACUCAACGUGUCCUACAAUAUCGCGUGUCAAUGGAGCAAGAAUAUAUGGGAUCAUAUGGCUACAUACCCACAUCAAAUGCAUGUUGAAUGCAGUACCAAAGAAUUCGUGUUCCUUGUUCCCAAGUUCCAUCUUCCCGUGCACGUUGCAUUCUGCCAAGUCACAUACUCACACAACCUUAUCAAAGGGAUGGGACGCACCAAUGGGGAGGCACCAGAACGCAGGUGGGCAAACAUUAACCCUGUAGCAACAAGCACUUGGGAGAUGGGCCCUGGCUCAUGCUGCAACACCCUCGACAAUCACUUCGGAGAUUUUAACUGGAAGAAAGAAGUUGCUCGGUGGAAGCUGGCUAUUGAAGGCUGGGAAGCCAAUAGAUCACAGACGAAUCCCUUCAAGGUUACAACUACAACAGUACGACUGCAUCUCUCGCAGAAGGAAGCAGAAGACCUGGAACAUGGCCUCAACUACUCACUGCAUAUGGAGGUAUCAUCAAGCAUUCUUGUGUCAUUGGGUAUUGAAAUAGAGGACCAGCAACACCAGCUGGAAAGAGAGUAUGCUGCCUUGGGUCCUCACUCAAUGGACCUUCAGCUUACAAAAUUGCAAGAACAGAGCAAUGCACUACAAUGCAAAAUCAAGCAAUGGUGCAAGGUCCAGGUAUUAUACAUGCCUACAGUCAUCCAUGUUCGCACAUCCAAUACAGCUAGUACCAUAAGCUCACAGGAAGAAAAACCCUACAAGGUCAAACUAUAUGAAUGGGAACUGCAACAGGCACAAGCAUAUGACACUCUCGAUGACCUCUGUCGACACCUCCAACUGCGCAGCCACUUAUACAAGUUCAAAGCCAAUCAAUUGUGUGGCCAACAGGCCAAUACACGUGCAGCGGGAGUUCUCGCUAAGGUGGAGCUUAGCAUCAAGACAGAUGCAGAGCAGUACCAUCAGGCCUGGACUGCACUAGUUAUCCUUGGCAACAUUUUGCAGGAACAUAGCUGGAGAGAUGAUCUACUCAAGCUAGAACCUGAGCAUGUUCAGGGAAUGUCUGAUGGCCAUGUAGGCCAAUCCAAAGGUAAUCAAACUUUAUCAUGGAUUUGGAAGGCAUGUGGCAUCACCACUGGAGACAGGGAAGGAGAGACCGUUCUUGCUGAUGCACUACAUGUAGAGUGGUGUAAAUCUUGGGCAUGCACACAUCAUUGGACAGAAGAGGUAGAGCUUCUCCAGGAGGAGAUGUGGUGUGUGUGCAUGUUCUUCAACUGGCACAUGACAUGGUGGAAGGAUCUGGCAAGCUGGAGGAUUGGGUUGGACAUUGCAGAGUUAGAAGGCCUUGAAGCAUAUGCGAAGUGCCAGGUGGCCCUUCAGAUCAUGAUGCAGGACAACUGCCUAAGAAAAUGGUGUGCAGUUCCUGUGGCAAGCUUACCCCCAGCAGUAGUGGUGCCCUGA